UUGCUUUACAGGUUUUUCUUCACGGUCGCCGCCAUCAUGGCGUCGGACGAACAGUUCUCGCUAUGUUGGAACAAUUUCCAUGCGAAUAUGUCAGCAGGCUUUCAUGGCCUGCUGUCGCGUGGAGAUUUAGUUGACGUAACAUUGGCUGCCGAAGGUAGAUUACUACAGGCACACAAAUUAGUUUUAUCAGUAUGUUCUCCCUAUUUUCAAGAAAUGUUCAAAAUGAACCCCACUCAACAUCCCAUAGUAUUUUUAAAAGAUGUUAGUCAUUCAGCGCUUAGAGACUUAUUACAGUUUAUGUACCAAGGUGAAGUUAAUGUUAAGCAAGAGGAAUUAGCGUCGUUUAUUAGUACCGCAGAACAACUUCAAGUUAAAGGUUUAACCGGUAAUCAAAAUGAAGAAAGUUCUACGCCAUCCAAACCAAAGCCGACUUCGAGGCCAGGCCCGAGGUCGUCACAACAAAGGCAAUCUGUUAUGACUAAGUUAGAGACUGAUUUAGAUUCUAAGCCCUCCUCAACUCCAGUAGCAAUUAAGAGACCAAAUAGGCCAUCAAUAGCAUCAAAUAAUUCGUCGUCAUCUCAAAGUGGACCUGCGAAAAGAAAAUGUGUAGAUCCCUUAGAAGCCGGACCAUCAGGAUCAGCCAAAGAGGAAUUUGUCACGAUACCAGACGAGGAUGAAAACAAUGCUGUUGCACCCAAAAUGGAACCCGAAUUUGUUAAUGAAAGUUUAUGGGAUGAAGACGACGACGGCACGAAUAAUGAUGAAACGAACUUUGGCGAAGAUGACUCGAAUAUGGAAAUGACUGGUUUUGAUGGCUCAACGACUGGCGAUGGCAAUUUAACUGGCGGCGGGGAGGGUGGUGCUGUGGGUGACGCACAAGGUUAA